AGGAGGAUGCUCUUGGCCUGGGUGAAAACAUUCCUCAUCGGCAACAUGCUCCUAGCAGAAGCCUAUGGAUCUGGAGGCUGCUUCUGGGACAACGGCCACCUGUACCGGGCGGACCAGCCCUCCCCAGCGCCGGGCCUCCGAUGCCUCAACUGGCUGGAGGCGCAGAGCGGCCUGGCGUCUGCCCCUGCGUCGGACACCGGCAACCACAGCUAUUGCCGGAACCCGGACCAGGACCCGCGCGGGCCCUGGUGCUACGUCAGGGGCGAGGCCGGCGCUCCCGAGAAGUGGCCUUGCGAGGACCUGCACUGCCCAGAGACCACUUCCCAGUCCCCUCCAACCUUCACAACAGAAACUGAGGAGGCGUCUGAAGUGCCAAGUGGAGAUGAGGUGCAGGUGUUCGCUCCUGCCAACGCCCUGCCUGCCCGGAGUGAGGCAGCAGCUGUGCAGCCAGUGAUUGGGAUCAGCCAGCGGGUGCGGGUGAACUCCAAGGAGAAAAAAGACCUGGGAACCCUGGGCUAUGUGCUGGGCAUUACCAUGAUGGUGAUCAUCAUCGCCAUUGGAGCUGGCAUCGUCUUGGGCUACACCUACAAGAGGGGGAAGGACCUGAAAGAGCAGCAUGACCAGCGUGUGUGUGAGAGGGAGAUGCAGCGAAUCACCCUGCCCUUGUCUGCCUUCACCAAUCCGACCUGUGAGAUCGUGGAUGAGAAGACUAUUGUAGUCCACACCAACCAGACUCCAGUGGACCUUCAGGAGGGCAGUGCCCCUCUCAUGGGCCAGGCAGGCACUCCUGGGGCCUGAGCUGCCA